AUGCCUCACAUCGAUGCAGCUGAAAUGGGAGGUGGGCAUGUAUAUCCGGAGGAGAGCGAGGCUGGUCCUCGUCUCCAAACAAGCUGGAAAGUGCUUUUCAGCUUCACAUCCCGGAAACAUUUGCCAAUUUUGAUCAUCGGAUCAAUUUUCGCUCUGUUCGCGGGUUGUGUGACACCUGUGCUGGCAGUUUUAUUUGGAGAUGUGUUUGAUGCCUUCACAUCUUUUGCAGCCGGGCAGGCAGACGCAGAUACACUUCGCUCCAAGAUUGUGACAAACUGUCUUGGCAUGUUAGGAUUAGGAGCUGCUGGUUGGUUCCUAAACGGUGCAUAUUACAUGAUUUUUGUUGCUUUUGGGGAGUUUCAGGCUGCGAAUAUCCGUCGAAAGGUAUUUUCCGAGUUACUCAAACGAGAUAUUGAGUGGUUUGAGGCACAGAAAGAAGGCUCUGGAGCAUUCUUGUCUGGCAUUCAAGCCCAUAUUCAUGAUAUGCAGAUGGCAACUUCUCAGCCGCUGGGCCUUUUGUUGCAAUAUGCAUGUCGCUCAUUGGCUUCGUUGAUUUUGGCCCUGGUGAUCUCGUGGAGGCUUUCUCUAGUCACCCUUGCCGGAAUUCCCUUGUUUUCUGCGCUCAUUGCCUACCUCUCCACUCGCAUGAACGCCAGUAUCUCGGCCCAGCAAAACGAACUUACUUAUGCUUCGAAAGUUGCAAACAAUGCCAUCGCUUCCAUUGACUCGGUCAAAUGUCUGAAUGCUCAAGCUUUCGAGUGGCAAAGCUUUGCAAGCCGAAUUGAGCAGUCAGCGAUCUACUAUCUCCGACAAGCCCGAUUGAACUCUUCCCAAAUUGCUCUUAUUCGGUGGAUGAUGUUCGGCAUGUUCGUGCAGGGCUUUUGGUACGGCAGUAGCCUUGCACGCGCUGGGGUUCUAUCCUCCGGUGAUGUAAUUACAACAUUUUGGGCCUGCACAACCGCCGCUCAAUCCAUCGAACAAGUUCUUCCGCAAAUGAUUGUUAUGGAAAAAGGCAAGGUGGCAUGCUUUAUACUGAAGAAUUUGAUGCGAAGAUCCACAGAGCAAGAAGUUCACAGUGAAAGCAAGGGCUGGUUACAUCCCCGCCACUGUGAUGGCGACAUUGAGGUCAAUAAUGUCUCAUUCUCGUAUCCAUCCCAGCCACAGACAUGUGUUUUGAACCCCUCGACGUUUUUCUUUCCUGCGGGAGACACAACAUUUGUUAUAGGCAAGAGUGGAUCGGGUAAAAGCACCCUCAGUCAGUUGAUUAUGCGAUUCUACUCCCCAACAUCCGGGGACAUUCUUAUUGAUGGUCACAAAAUCGAUUCACUAAAUAUCAACUGGCUGAGAAGCAACGUGACUCUGCUGGAGCAAAAGUCAGUUUUAUUUAAUGAUUCCGUCCUACAGAAUAUCAAGUUUGGACGUCCGGCUUCAGAAUCCAUCUCGAAAAAAGAGAUCGAAAAUUCCAUUGACCUAGCAAUGCUGGGCAAUAUGAUUGAAGGUUUACCGAGAGGAAUCGAUACGUCUGUUGGUCCUGGUGGAAGUUUUUUAAGUGGGGGUCAACGACAAAGAGUAGCGAUUGCUAGAGCCAAAUUGCGUGACGCGCCAAUACUCAUUUUGGAUGAACCAACCAGUGCUCUGGAUCAUACAAACCGAGUGGCUGUCAUGAAAGCGAUACGCCAGUGGCGUGAAGGCAAGACGACGAUUAUCAUCACUCAUGACAUGUCACAAAUUUUGGAGGAUGAUUUUGUUUACAUCAUGGAACAUGGAAGCAUCGCACACUCCGGCUUCAGACAAGAGCUGGAGACUCGUGCGGGAUGUGACAAAUAUUUCCCUCUAUCUAUGCGAGUUGACCUCAAGCGAGAAGAUGCUGAAAUCAAGAAUGACAAGAUAAGGCGUAUUCCAUCCAGUGUGUCAACCCUUGGCAGCAUGCGAAUGCCUAAGCGGGUACGUCAAACCAGGCAUUCCUCGUGGGCGAAACAUCAUCUUCCUCCCGGCCUUCGAUCAAGCACAUACGGAAUAGCGGCUCAAAGGCACUCCUUCCACGCAAGCAUGCCGUAUGACAGCAUCGACAGACCUGCAGAAUCGCGUUCGACAACGCAUCUUUCUUUCAGCAGCUCAACCCCAGAUCUCAAUUCAACGACAUCGCUUGUGUAUGGAGGAGAAUUAACGAAGAAAGACAUUGAGAUGGUUGAAAUCAACAGUCCAAAUACAGAACUGAUCAGCCCAUUGCAAUAUGCGUCCCCUAUUCGAACUCAAUAUCUGGGUGAAAAAUAUGAGAAACAAGUCCGCCGUCAAAGAGCCAAAAGAUCAAACCUGCCGGAGCAAAAGAAAGAUAAUCCACCUUCGUUGACACGAAUCAUGGGCACAAUUGUGCCAAACCUGAAUCCGAAGCAACAAAUUAUUCUGACUGUGGGAAUAAUAUCGGCAUUGGCACAUGCGAGUGCAACGCCAGUUUUCUCAUACUGCCUUUCUCAGCUGAUCGGAACUUUCUACUCUGGCGGAAACAGUGACAUUCUAGCCAGGAAGUGGGCUCUCGCCGUUCUGGGUGUAUCCUGUGCCGACGGACUCUCAUCAUUUUUCAUGCACUAUUCCCUGGAGUUCUGCGCUGAGGCAUGGUUGGACACACUUCGCGGCAAAGCGUUCGAACGUAUCCUUGCACAGCCAAAAUCAUGGUUCGAAAAAGAUGGUCACGGGCCAUCCCGGCUUACAUCCUAUCUUGACCAGAAUGGAGAAGAUAUGCGGAAUCUCCUAGGUCGAUUUGUGGGUUUCGUUAUAGUUGCAGCUGGAAUCAUGAUUAUGGCUGUGAUCUGGAGCCUGAUUGUGUGUUGGAAGCUGACACUGGUGUCCCUUGCGAGUGGUCCGUUUAUUUACGUGAUUACUCGAGGAUUUGAGGGGACGAAUGGCCGAUGGGAGAGGCGAUGCAAUGAAGCAAACAGCGUAGCGAUAGACAUUUUUACGGAGACCUUCUCGGAGAUUCGAACAGUUCGGUCAUUGACGCUCGAGAGACACUUCGAAAACAAGCACUCUGAUGUGGUGACAGGCUGCCUGAAGAUUGGACUGAAACGUUCUCUCUACACCGGUUUGCUAUUUGGUAUGGUUGAAUCGACCGUUAUAUGUUCAUUUGCUCUGAUCUUCUAUUAUGGGGCAGAGCUUGCUGCUUCAACUGAGUUCGCUGUGAAUGAUGUUGUCCAAGUAUUCUCUUUGCUGCUUUUCAGUAUUGGGUACGCUGCACAGAUUCUAUCAUGGAUUCCGCAAAUCAAUACAUCACGAGAGAUAGCAACCCGCCUUAUCCAACUAUCCAAUCUUCCCAUGUUUGGAUCGCAUGAACAUCGUGGUUCUCUAACCCUCUCUAACCUAACACCAAUCCAGCUGAGCAAUGUUUAUUUCCGAUAUCCCUCAAGACCAAAUGCAGUGGUCUUGAAGAGUGUCUCGAUGACCAUCUCCCAGAACUCCUGUACCGCUAUAGUCGGUCGAUCUGGAUCUGGCAAGUCAACCAUUGCUUCGCUACUUUUAGCCCUAUACGACUCGCCUGAGUCCAGGACCGGGAAAUCUACGAUCAUGCUCGGAGGCGAAGACAUAUCCCGCCUGCAUGUUCCGACCCUCCGUUCGAAGAUUGCCAUUGUAUCACAACAACCAACCAUCUUCCCAGGAACGAUCCACGCUAACAUUAGCUACGCUAUUGACACCAAAUCUCAAAUUGUCUCUAUAGAUAAUGUUCGCACCGCAGCAAAAGCGGCGGGUAUUGACGACUUCAUCAUGUCCCUUCCAAGAGGCUACUGGACCGUGAUUGGUGAUGGGGGAAUAGGUCUUUCCGGAGGCCAGAAACAACGUGUAGUCAUUGCCCGCGCUUUGUUGCGCCACCCUCAGAUCCUUAUUCUGGAUGAAGCCACAUCCGGUCUUGAUCCAGCUGGCGCAGAGAUUGUCCGUCAAAGCAUUCAACACCUUGUGUCUGUGCGCCCAGAUCUAAUAGUCAUCAUCAUCACGCAUUCCAAAGAAAUGAUUGAAAUCGCCGACCACGUGAUUGUGCUUGAUCAGGGAGUUGUGGUGGAGGAUGGCUCAUACGAAGUGCUUGCAAAAUCUGUAGGUGGGAAAUUGUAUGGGUUGCUUAAAGAUCCCGAGGAUGAGUCCUAG